AUGAAUCAAAAAGAUAAAUGUGUAAAUUUUAGAUGCUUGGAGCAUGGUAGAGUGUUUGAAAUCAUUUGUUAUCAAUGCAGCAAGUUGAUGUGUUCUAGAUGCUCAACAACUCAUAUUAAAGAAACUAGUCAUCAAAAUUGUGAUCAUAUUGAUGACAUUAGGCAAUCACUAAAUAAAAUAUUGUUAGAAAAUAAUACCAACAACAAUAAUAAUAAUAAUAAUAAUAGUAAAGAUGAAAAUAACAUAAGCUGUCAUAUUGGGGAGAGAAUAACAACAAUUUGGACAAUAAUUAAAUCAUCGACAGAACAAUAUCAGAGACUGUCGUCAACAGAGAAAGAGAUAUCAGAUCAUUUUCAUAAGCUACACGAGUAUCUGGUCGUUGAAGAACAAAAGUUAAAGAAUCCGAUCAUCAAAGAUAAAGAUACUAUUAAUAGCCAUCUCAUUGACAAUAUCAGAGAGUUGAGAGAUCUAGUAGAUAUCAUUCAUUUAAAUGGUACAGAUACCAGAAACGAUGAUACCGAAUCCAAUAGUGACAGUGACGAUAAUGAUAGUUCAACAACCGCAUUAGAAGAUACAACAGAUAGAUAUUCUUCAGCUGCUAUUAUGAAGUCAAUCAGUUCAUCUUCAACACUCAACUCAUUCGUCAAAUCAAAUAGCGAUACGUUAUUCAAUCAAUGUAAUCAAAAUAAUAAUAGAUAUACAGAGAGAUUAUCAUUCUACGACAACGAAAUUGAUUCAUUGAUCCUCGAUUCGGUUUUCAAGUAUAGUAAUCAAUUUAAAUCAUUAUCAGCAGCCAAUCAACCUAAUAAUAAUGAUAGUAUAGUAGACUAUUCAUUAGAUACUAAAGAAAUAGAUACAACUAAAUUCGAUGAACUGUUGAAUCAAUCAAUUAAACUAUCUAUCAAAUCACCUUCUCCACAAUCAUCAUCAGCAACAACUCCAACCACAACCUCUAUAUCACCAAAUUCAAAGCAAACAUAUAUUUUCGCCGCACACAGAUCCAGUGGAAUAACAUUGAUUGAUAUCAAUAACAACUAUUCCUUUGAGGAGAUUCAUGUCGGAUAUGAUUUCACUUCUACUCCAAACUCGACAGUCGUAGUUGGUGAUUAUAUCUAUGUGUUUGGUAGUCGUUCUCACAAAAACAGAUAUCUCAGAUAUUCAAUCUCAAAAAAAUCGUUCACUCUCUUUGAAAUGAAAGGUAUCAAUGAAGGUUGUUGGAUCUCAGCAUGCUACGAUGGUCGUGAUCAUAUCUAUUUGGUCAACAGUGCAGGACAAGCAAGAUUCGAUACUUUCAAUAUCAACACUCAAAAGUUUGAAAAAAGACCUGUAUUAUUGGAUGUACCGGGUACUCAUGUACUAUCUGUCUUUCAUAAAGGUAUGAUCUAUUCCAUUCCAAUGGAUAGAAAUUCAAUUGUCGUCUACAAUCCAACCAAACAAUCGGUUGAAGAACUUUACUCUUCAAAAUUAUUUAAGCUAACACAUUCGGCAUGUACCGAUGGAAGUGGAAACAUCUAUCUACUCUCAAACGAUAAAAGAUUCAUCCGAAUUAAUGUAGAGACAACCGAUAUUACCAAUCUUUCACCUAUUAGUUUCUACUUGGAUGAUUAUUCAUCAAUGACCUACCACAGAGUCUCGGAAGAGGAGUGCUACAUUUACCUCUUUGGUGGAGAGGAAUACAAAAAUCACAUUUAUUCAGUGCAAACCAAUAAGUGGGAAGAGUUCCAUAAAGAUGAUAUUUUCUCAAGAUCAUACUGUCCUUCUGUAGUUUUCGAAAAAUAA